AUGGGUUCGGACAUCCUAUCUGGGGUCCCGGAAUACCGUACACUCCGACGUGCACAUGGAUGGGCGAAGACGGAUUUCAGUGGAAAGGAAUUUCAAGUUUCAAGCAUUUGGAGGUCGUUAUUUUUUGCUCAUAUCGGUGCAAGAGAAGAUCUUCUGGAUUUCGAAACAAUUAUACUGGCUGAUCAGAUAGGACGGUUCCUAAGUGCCCUCUUGGAGGCAAUUCUAAUCAGGCGUUCAAUUUUUGGAUCUGAUCCUGGAGGUGCAACUCUUGGGAAGUGGUUAAUGAAUCUUAAGGUUGUUUCGUGUGAAGAAAUUAUACCUUUUCCAGAUGUCGUUGAAGUCGUUCCAGGAGCUGAUCUGGGGAUUAUUCGAGCACUUGUACGUUCGCUGUUGAAAAGUACAAGCUUUCUCACGUUCUUCUCAUUCGUUUGUAUGAUGGUAUUUCAAUAUCAUCGAUGUACAUAUGAUAUUAUUGCUGGAACUUUAGUUGUACAACCUAUUACACCAACAACUAAUCAUCAAUCAAACAGUAAUAAUGAACAAAGACAACAACCCCAACAACAGUGAUUGGGCAUAACAAUGAAUUUCCAUGUUAAACUCGUUUAAAUGCAAGUAUUCAUUGUAACAUAAAUAUUUUUUGAGGUCAAAUUAAAAAUAAAUGCAAUUCUGUUCGUGUGCUCCACUUUAAACCAUAUAAUUUUGAUGGGAAGGUUUGUGUAUUUCUACUACCCGUUUUCCAAAAACCGAAAUACAUAGCAUAGCUUGGAUGUUAAAAUAAUUCUAUCUCCAGUGAUUCAAGUUUGCCUAAAAAGCCGCUGCUCUUGAUCAAACAAACUUACCUCUUGUCUAAGUGGAAAGAUUCUAAUAUAAAUUCAGUGUAAUAAUUAAAAAUCAUAUGCUUUAAUCUAAUAAUCGUAAUUCUAAUUCUGAAUGGAAACAUGAAAAUGAUAAUAUAACAGUGUCAACCAGAACUAAUGUGGAAGUUUUGUAUAUUGAACUACCUGAUGGACAUUCAACAAAGACUAGAAUCGACAGCGUAAACAUGUGAUAGUUAG